GCAGAGGAGCCCAGGGCCAUGGGGCUGCUGCACGGCCUGCUCCGAGCCCGCAAGCUGCUCCUAGUCAUCUGCGUCCCGCUCCUGCUGCUGCCUCUGCCCGUCCUGCACCCCAGCAGCGAGGCUGCAUGUGCUUACGUGUUGAUCGUGACUGCUGUGUACUGGGUGUCUGAGGCAGUGCCUCUCGGAGCUGCAGCCCUGGUGCCCGCCUUCCUCUACCCAUUCUUCGGAGUCCUCCGAUCCAGCGAGGUGGCAGCCGAGUACUUCAAGAACACCACGCUGCUGCUGAUUGUCAGGCUGCUGCUCUGCUUCAUGUGCUGUACCACGCUGCUGUCCAUGUGGCUCUCCAACACCUCCACCACCGCCAUGGUGAUGCCCAUCGUGGAGGCCGUACUGCAGGAGCUGGUCAACGCCGAGGAAGAGCAGCUUGUGGCAGGCAACACCAACGCUGAAGAGGCCGAGCCCAUCAGUCUUGAUGUAAACAACAGCCAACCUUCUCUGGAACUCAUCUUCGUCAAUGAAGACACAUCGACUGCAGACCUCACUUCUCUGAUGCACAGCAAGAGCCUGAAUGGUGUGCCUAUGAUCACCAACCCCAUCAAAACAGCAAACCAACACCAGGGCAAGAAGCAACACUCAUCCCAGGAAAAGCCACUGGUCCCGACCCCCAGCCCUAGGAACCAGGAGCUGAAUAGAAAGUACAAGUCCCACCAUGACCAAAUGAUCUGCAAGUGCCUCUCUCUGAGCAUUUCCUACGCUGCUACCAUCGGCGGCCUGACCACCAUCAUUGGUACCUCCACCAGCCUCAUCUUCCUGGAACACUUCAACAACCAGUAUCCAGCUGCAGAGGUGGUGAACUUCGGCACCUGGUUCCUCUUCAGCUUCCCCAUAUCCAUCAUCAUGCUGGUGGUCAGCUGGUUCUGGAUGCACUGGCUGUUCCUGGGCUGCAAUUUUAGAGAGACCUGCUCUCUGAGCAAGAAGAAGAAGACUAAAAGGGAAGAGCUGUCAGAGAAGAGGAUCCAGGAAGAAUAUGAAAAGCUGGGAGACAUUAGCUACCCUGAAAUGGUGACUGGAUUUUUCUUUAUACUGAUGACUGUGCUGUGGUUUACCCGGGAGCCUGGCUUUGUCCCUGGCUGGGAUUCUUUCUUUGAAAAGAAAGGCUACCGCACUGAUGCCACAGUCUCUGUCUUCCUUGGAUUCCUCCUCUUCCUCAUUCCAGCAAAGAAGCCCUGCUUUGGAAAAAAGAAUGACGGAGAGAGCCGGGAGCUCCCACUGAGGACAGAGCCCAUCAUCACGUGGAAGGACUUUCAGAAGACCAUGCCCUGGGAGAUCGUCAUUCUGGUGGGAGGAGGUUAUGCUCUGGCUUCUGGAAGCAAGAGCUCUGGCCUCUCUACAUGGAUCGGGAACCAGAUGUUGUCCCUGAGCAGCCUCCCCCCAUGGGCUGUCACCUUGCUGGCAUGCAUCCUUGUGUCUAUUGUCACCGAGUUCGUAAGCAACCCAGCCACCAUCACCAUCUUCCUGCCCAUCUUGUGCAGCCUGUCUGAAACACUGCACAUUAACCCACUCUACACCCUGAUCCCAGUCACCAUGUGCAUCUCCUUUGCAGUGAUGCUGCCUGUGGGCAAUCCCCCCAACGCCAUUGUCUUCAGCUACGGGCACUGCCAGAUCAAAGAUAUGGUGAAAGCUGGCCUGGGGGUCAAUGUCAUUGGACUGGUAAUAGUAAUGGUGGCCAUCAACACCUGGGGAAUUAGCCUCUUCCACCUGGACACGUAUCCAGCAUGGGCAAAGGUCAGUAACAUCACUGAUCAGGCCUAACACAAGUGCACAAACUGGCCUAAGGUGCUGCUGCCACCCAGCAAAAUCUGAUACACCAAGAAAACUAUCAGGAGCACAGGACAACAGAACCACGCCCAGGCAUCCCUUGCCAGAAGAUCCCACCAUCUACCACAAGUGAAGUGCAAAAAUCUUCCAACAACCACAAACACGUGCUUGGCUGUUAGUGUCUUCUUCCCUGCCCUCCCUUCCUUAGCACCACAGCUCAAAAAACCCUAAAAU